GGCGCGGGCCGGGGCCGCCGCCGCCACUGCCGUCGGGGAAGGUCCCAGAGCGGACAUGGCCUCGCGCGGCGCCAGCCCGGGCCCGAGCCCCCCGAGCCCCGCUUUGUAGCCCCCCACGGAGAGGCGGCCUCGACGGUGCCGACGGCGCAGACGGCCGGGCGGAGGCAUGGAGGCGGCGCACCUGCUCCCGGCCGCCGACGUGCUGCGCCACUUCUCGGUGACAGCCGAGGGCGGCCUGAGCGCGGCGCAGGUGACCGGCGCGCGGGAGCGCUACGGCCCCAACGAGCUCCCAACUGAGGAAGGGAAGUCCUUGUGGGAGCUGGUGCUUGAACAGUUUGAGGACCUCCUGGUGCGCAUCCUGCUGCUGGCCGCCCUUGUCUCCUUUGUCCUGGCCUGGUUCGAGGAGGGCGAGGAGACCACAACUGCCUUCGUGGAGCCCCUGGUCAUCAUGCUGAUCCUCGUGGCCAAUGCCAUUGUGGGCGUGUGGCAGGAACGCAACGCCGAGAGUGCCAUCGAGGCCCUGAAGGAGUAUGAGCCUGAGAUGGGCAAGGUGAUCCGCUCGGACCGCAAGGGCGUGCAGAGGAUCCGUGCCCGGGACAUCGUCCCAGGGGACAUUGUAGAAGUGGCGGUGGGGGACAAAGUGCCUGCUGAUCUCCGCCUCAUCGAGAUCAAGUCCACCACGCUGCGAGUGGACCAGUCCAUCCUGACGGGUGAAUCUGUGUCCGUGACCAAGCACACAGAGGCCAUCUCAGACCCCAGAGCUGUGAACCAGGACAAGAAGAACAUGCUGUUUUCUGGCACCAAUAUCGCCUCGGGCAAAGCAGUGGGUGUGGCCGUGGCCACCGGCCUGCACACGGAGCUGGGCAAGAUCCGGAGCCAGAUGGCGGCGGUGGAGCCCGAGCGGACGCCGCUGCAGCGCAAGCUGGAUGAGUUUGGGCGGCAGCUGUCCCAUGCCAUCUCUGUGAUCUGCGUGGCCGUGUGGGUCAUCAACAUCGGACACUUCGCCGACCCGGCCCACGGUGGCUCCUGGCUGCGCGGCGCUGUCUACUACUUCAAGAUCGCCGUGGCCCUGGCCGUGGCAGCCAUCCCCGAGGGCCUCCCGGCCGUCAUCACUACGUGCCUGGCACUGGGCACGAGGCGCAUGGCACGCAAGAACGCCAUCGUGAGAAGCCUGCCCUCCGUGGAGACCCUGGGCUGCACCUCGGUCAUCUGCUCCGACAAGACGGGCACGCUCACCACCAAUCAGAUGUCUGUCUGCCGGAUGUUCGUGGUAGCCGAGGCCGAUGCGGGCUCCUGCCUUUUGCACGAGUUCACCAUCUCCGGUACCACGUAUACCCCCGAGGGCGAAGUGCGGCAGGGGAAUCUGCCUGUGCGCUGUGGCCAGUUCGAUGGGCUGGUGGAGCUGGCGACCAUCUGCGCCCUGUGCAACGACUCGGCGCUGGAUUACAAUGAGGCCAAGGGUGUGUACGAGAAGGUGGGAGAAGCCACGGAGACAGCUCUGACAUGCCUGGUGGAGAAGAUGAACGUGUUUGACACCGACCUGCAGGCCCUGUCCCGGGUGGAGCGAGCUGGCGCCUGUAACGCGGUCAUCAAGCAGCUGAUGCGGAAAGAGUUCACCCUGGAGUUCUCCCGAGACCGGAAGUCCAUGUCUGUCUACUGCACGCCCACCCGCCCCCACCCUGCCGGCCAGGGCAGCAAGAUGUUUGUGAAGGGGGCCCCUGAGAGUGUGAUCGAGCGCUGUAGCUCAGUCCGCGUGGGGAGCCACACAGCACCCCUGACCCCCGCCUCCAGGGAGCAGAUCCUGGCAAAGAUCCGGGAUUGGGGCUCAGGCUCAGACACGCUGCGCUGCCUGGCACUGGCGACCCGGGACGUGCCCCCGAGGAAGGAGGACAUGGAGCUGGACGACUGCAGCAAGUUUGUGCAGUAUGAGACGGACCUGACCUUCGUGGGCUGCGUGGGCAUGCUGGACCCGCCGCGGCCUGAGGUGGCUGCCUGCAUCACACGCUGCCACCAGGCGGGCAUCCGCGUGGUCAUGAUCACGGGCGAUAACAAAGGCACUGCCGUGGCCAUCUGCCGCAGGCUUGGCAUCUUUGGGGACACGGAAGACGUGGUGGGCAAGGCCUACACAGGCCGCGAGUUUGAUGACCUCAGCCCCGAGCAGCAGCGCCAUGCCUGCCGCACCGCCCGCUGCUUCGCCCGCGUGGAGCCCGCACACAAGUCCCGCAUCGUGGAGAACCUGCAGUCCUUUAACGAGAUCACCGCCAUGACUGGUGACGGAGUAAACGACGCACCGGCCCUGAAGAAAGCAGAGAUCGGGAUCGCCAUGGGCUCAGGCACGGCCGUGGCCAAGUCGGCGGCAGAGAUGGUGCUGUCCGAUGACAACUUUGCUUCCAUCGUGGCUGCGGUGGAGGAGGGCCGGGCCAUCUACAACAACAUGAAGCAAUUCAUCCGCUACCUCAUCUCCUCCAAUGUUGGCGAGGUCGUCUGCAUCUUCCUCACGGCAAUUCUGGGCCUGCCCGAAGCCCUGAUCCCUGUGCAGCUUCUCUGGGUGAACCUGGUGACAGACGGCCUACCUGCCACGGCUCUGGGCUUCAACCCGCCAGACCUGGACAUCAUGGAGAAGCUGCCCCGGAACCCCCGAGAAGCCCUCAUCAGUGGCUGGCUCUUCUUCCGAUACCUGGCUAUCGGAGUGUACGUAGGCCUGGCCACAGUGGCUGCUGCCACCUGGUGGUUCCUGUAUGAUGCCGAGGGACCUCACGUCAACUUCUACCAACUGAGGAACUUCCUGAAGUGCUCUGAAGACAACCCACUCUUUGCUGGCGUCGACUGUGAGGUGUUUGAGUCGCGCUUCCCCACCACCAUGGCCUUGUCCGUGCUUGUGACCAUUGAAAUGUGCAAUGCCCUCAACAGCGUCUCGGAGAACCAGUCGCUGCUUCGGAUGCCACCCUGGAUGAACCCCUGGCUGCUGGCGGCUGUGGCCAUGUCCAUGGCCCUUCACUUCCUCAUCCUGCUCGUGCCGCCCCUGCCUCUCAUUUUCCAGGUGACUCCUCUGAGCGGGCGCCAGUGGGUGGUGGUGCUCCAGAUAUCUCUGCCUGUCGUCCUGCUGGAUGAGGCCUUCAAGUACCUGUCCCGGAACCACGUGGACGGCAUUCUCAGGACAGUCUCGCAGGCCUGGAGUAGGCAGCCGAUGACCGCCUCUUGGACCUCAGACCACACCGGGUUGGCCUCUUUGGUGUCACCUUGUGGAAAAGAGCCAGAAGUGAGCGCAGGGAACGGAGUGGAGUCUCCGGUGUGUGCUUCAGACUGACGGUGUCCAUGCGUUCGCCUCCGCCCCCACCCCUGCCACCACACUCGCCCACUUCCCGCCGGAGAGAUGAUAGGCCCGAGGCCAGAACCGCCAUCCCCAGGCCCCGUCCUGGGGUCUCUGUCCCCACUUCCGUCUGGCCUGGGAGCUCUGUAAUUCCUGUGUCUUGGACUCUCCUGGGAAGUUCCCCGCUCUGCAGCUCUGGCCCAGGAGCUGCAGGCUGGGAGGGGGCAGCCAAGUAGCCAGAGCUGGCAGCACACCCAGAGAUCCGGGGUCCCCCCACCCCCAAAUCACGAGUCUGCCUGGAGCUUGCUCCCCCUUGCUUGGAAGCUGGACCUUCACUUGGUGACUGGUGCCUCUGCACGGACGGAGGACUCCUGGGGGUCCGUCUUACUGGCUCCGACCCCUCCCUUCGUGCCUGGUCUGGGACUGGGUCAGCCCUGAGGGAUCAGAAGGGGCCAUCUGGGCCCAGCUGUGUACAGCGAGAGCGGGCAGCCCCCUCCACUCCGCUCUGCUUCCACAAAGUCGGCUUCUGAGAGCUUCAGGCUGCUUCUGUUUAUAUGUGCAGGGCCCGGGGGGUGAAGGGUCAGAGAGACCGACACAAGGAGCCAGGAGGAGGGGCAGAGCGAAGAUGGCUUUUCCCAGGAGACAAGCUGGGAAAGUCUAGUUGACCUGCCUCAGCCCCACUCGCCUCCUGGACUCAGGGUUCCCCGUCCUGAGAGCAGGAGACGUUCAGGGUCACUGCCGCCUCGUCUGCCAUGCAGAGGUCCAACUCACCACCCACGUCCCUGGUACCUGAGACCCCUGGCAUCCUCAGGGUCCUGCCCGUGGCGCCCUUCUACCAACCCAGGGUGCGGCUGCUGCACUGUCUACACAGCUGGGGGCCUCUGAGCCUGGUGGGCUCUCCUGGACUCUUGGUCACACUCCUCACCCCCUCCACACGACACCCAUGAGCCGAAAGGAUGUCACUAAAGAUGGCUGAUUCCCCAAGGGCACCUGCUCUCCCUCCCCCCCUGCUGGAGGAACGCAUCAUGUCAGAUGAGAGGAAGAUGGCCUUUGAUGGACAGAAUUUUUCUCUUAACUCAGCUUUUGCUACUUUGGCAACAAUUAGUGAGGGAUAGCGGAAACCUGUGCCAAGGGCUGUCCCCAUGUCUUGGCCCCUCCUAGAGAGUGUGCGGACUGAUGAUUUUAUAUGUAAAUCAAGACUCACAUCCCUUUCCUAGUCCCCCACAUCCAAAGCCCCUCAGCCUACCUUGCAGACCAAUGGGCUCCAUGUUCUGUAGCCCCCUCCCCCAUACCUCCCCCCUCCUUCCUCUCGCAGGUUCUGGGGGGCCAGUGAGAGAAACAGUGGGGGAGGCGGGGAGUCUGGUGCCUGCAGAGAUUCUCUGCUUCUUUCCUGGGGGGAGGUGGGGAGGUCUUAGCAGGAGCAGGGCCCUGUACCCACCUGCUGACAUGCUGUUUGGUAGAGAAAUAAAGGUCGUGUGUCUGGGGGAACAGAG